CACGGCAAAUCGGCAAUGCACCAAAGAUUCUCCCCGCCUCCCCGGUCUGUGUUUGCCCCCUGCCCGGUUGGCCCCUGGCUCUCCUCCCGCCCGCCCGGCCGCCCCCACCCCACCCAAUCCUACCCCGCGGGGGGAAUUCUCAGUUCUCGCGGCGACGACUGGGAGACCGCCGCCGCCGCCAUCCUACUCCAGGUGCCCUGAGAACUCGAUCGGGCUCUUCGCUGGCGACGAACACCCACCAGUUACAACCUACUGCAACUUCUUCUGCAAAAAAGCUAUCAGGUGUACAACCAUGUACUUCACCGUGUCCGCCCCUGCAAUGUCUCUAUGAUCCUCCAGCUACGGUAGACGCCCCGUUCGCUAGCUGAGGACCUCCUGGUUCCUGUGAGCAGGCGGCGUGGUUAGCUGCUGCCUUCAAGAAUGCAGAGACCCAAUGCGCCGUCGGCUUGCGCCACCAUCACCUUCGCGGAGGCUCUAAGGAGGGAGAUGGAGUACCGCAAGUGGGUGGAGAGGACCCACCCACAUCUGCUCGUCGGAAUCUGCGGAGCCCCUGAAAUGCAGAGAGAUUUCAGUGCAGGACCAGUACCUGAUGCGAUCAAGAGAAAACUAGCUGCCGAGACCAGUGUGCCUCCACAACAAUCAAGUUUCAGCUGUGUAACUGGACAGAAGCAGCCCCAAAACUGGUACCCCACAAAGAAAAAGGUGAAAGUUCCACAUCUUCCAUCGCAGAUUCUGCAGUGUCCCAGACCAAACGUGGUGCCAUCCUUCUGGUGCAAAAUCUGCAAGGUCGACUGUGUCACCGAGUUCAAUUUCAGCGCUCACGUUGGAGGCAAAAAGCACAAGGCCAAAAAGCUAGAGAUUCUAGGUAAGAGGAACGCUGGGGGACCUGCUAGCCGAUGCGCAGGCAACAGGAGCGCUGGACAGAAUGGACUAGCAGUUUCUGGGAGCAGAAGCAGCGAACAGAAUGUGGCUGGCAGCGUUGCUGCUGGACCGAACUGUGACAUGUCGUCUGAGAGCAGAACUAAUGGAACAGAAGGAAGUGGGUGCACUGUCCGGCUAUGAGCAGCUUGGGUUUCACUCGAGUCUGGUAUUUCAAUAAAAGUUCGCCUUGCACAUUUUCUUCUCAAGGGCACAGUUAACAUAUUUAUGUGUCAGAUGGCUAGGCCGCUAGGGAGAUUUCAUCUGAUGGGUUGGACUGAACAACACUAGUCAGAUAAUAAGUUGAAACGUAUGCACUAUGCAGUGUCCUAUUCCCAUGUGAGAGCAGUACAUUGUUUGGACAUAUAUCUGACAGCAGAUGCAUCCUGUGUCCUUUCGCUUCCUUCUCGAAAAUGUACAGUAGCUAACCUUGUUCGGGUAGGAGGUGGAAGUUGAGGACGCUGUUCUGAGUAUGUACUGGGUAGUUAUAAUGUAUGACAUCAUGGCUUGUUUGUUGUUUCCAUUU